GUAAAGCAAACAUCCUUCUGAUUCUGAUUCACCAACACAACGCAACAUACCGCCUAACAGAGCUGUUCUAGGCGUCGAGCUCUGCCAGUAUGUCUCUAGCACCAGCCCGCCUUUGCUCUGGGCUGGGAGCCAGCACAUCAAAAGUGAAACAGUCGCCGACCUUCCACCCACUUCUGGCCAAGCCUCGCUCCAUUGCCUGUGCUUCAUCAGGGCGUCCUAGCACCUCAACGAGUGGGUCUUUCGACUUUGAUGAAGCAGCGCGGACCGCCAAGUCCAAAUGGGAGUCGUUCGCGCGGGAGCAGGAGUUAGAAAAAAAGGCCAACCAGGCGAUGAAGAAGGGUGGCGAGGUUUUUGAGCAGGCCAAAGACAAGGCACGGCGCGUGUACGUGCGGUUGGACUCGGAGUACGACAUCAGCAGCAAGACCGCGAAGGCGGCCAAGAAGGCGGGCGAGGCGGCGCGCGACAUCGACCAGCAGUACGGCCUGCGGCGGCGGUUCCGCGCGGCGCGUGAGGACCUGGCGCGCAAGUGGCCGGGCUGGCAGAAGCAGCUGGACGAGUUCACCCAGACCACGCCCGGCAAGAUUACGGUGUUCGCGGGCCUGUGCCUGCUCAUCAGCACGCCGCUGUUCUGGCAACUCCUGAACGUGCUGCUGCUGCUGUGGUGGCUGACGGUGCCGCUGAGCCUGCUGGCCAUCAACGCGGCGGCCAACCAGCAGGCGGAGCAGAUGCGGCGGCAGCAGCAGGCCGAGGCGGAGGCGGAGGCGCGGCGCCGGGCCAACCCCUUCGCAGAGAUGUUCCGCGACGCGGGCGCGGCCUUUGGCGGCGCCGCCGCCAGCUCGGGUGGCGGCGGCGGCCGCGGCCGUGGCUCCGGCUAUGUGCAGCAGGACGGGCCUGUGAUUGAUGCGGAGUGGACGUCGCUGGAUGAGGAGGGGAACCCCAGGGGCGGCAAGGGCGGCCGCCGGUAGAGGCAUUCUUCGGGAGUUUGGGUACUGUAGUUAUGUUUAAUUUUGUUUGUCAUGCAUACAACGCCGGCUACCGCGGUGGUGUGGACUUCUGGACCGGCAACGACUUGGCAGUUCGCCGAGCCCAGCGUCAAGCAGGCGCUCGUGCCCAUGUUUACGGCGGCGGACGCGGUCACGGAGGAGGCCGUUGCGGCGUCACUGGACCGCCCGUUCGAGCUGGACUUGGGUAGAGGUAUGGAGUUAUGGUGGUGGAGAGGAGAAUGUGUGUGUGUAUGUGUGUGCGGGUGUGCUGUGGGCCUGUGGCAGGUGGGGGCUGCAUAAGACGCAGUCGUUGAGGGGUUGGAGGCUGAGAGGAAUGGCUGUGGGUUUACUGCUAGUAAGGGACGGAGGUCGGGUUGAGAGAGGGCGCAUCCGCCUUACACCCGCCUGCGGUGCAAUCGGUUGGGGGACCAUGAGUGGGAGUGUUUGAAGAGGGCGAGGAAUAAAUAACGCGCAGCUGCUUCUGGCGCCCUGCCAACAAUUUGCCAGAUGGUGUAGAGUGUGCACGACUUGGUGCAGGACUGUGUGUCUGUCAGAGAGCUGGCCUGCUUUUACUCAAGCUAGUGGUGGUUCGUGCGGAGGUAGCAGGGGCAGCCCAGUUGGUAGCGAAGGGCCCUGGAGGAACCGGUGUUUGCACGUGACGCGAAAGGCUAAGCGUCUGCGUUGCGAGAUAAUAAUGCGAGAGGGGGAGAGCGGAGCUGUUAAGCGGGUGUCCGACGCAAACAAAACGGUGCUUGUGGCGGUGGUGCGUUAUCGAGUGUGGGUCUGCUGCGGCAUACAUCGUCUGCGUGUGUGGCGUGUGCGCGCAUGGCGCAGCAUACGUGUAAAGCAAUGCGGUU